UGAUUGCAAUAUACUUUACUUAUUCAUUUUAUUCAUUCUCUUUUUAUUAUUCCCCUACUACUUUAUUUUAUUUAAUCACUUCGACAGCUCGUUGUCACCAGCUCAGUUAUUUCAAGUCGUCAUUGCUAUUCACAUACCUCUCAAAUAUUAUUUUUAUAUAAAACAACACCAAUUAUUAUUAUUACCUCCGUCGUCGUUAAAGAAAAAAAGAACAACAACAAUAAUAAUAAUAAAUAUACAGACAUAAGUAAUAAUAACAAUAACUGGAUAUUUAAACAACUAGUUGUCACGUGUGAUCAGUUGUCUAUCCGGAAUACAUGCCUUCAAGUUUCUGCGUAAAAAAAAAUCAUUUCAUCAAAGUGUUGAAUUUAUUCAGACACUACUUACUCAGUGUACUGCUAUAAUAAUUAUUAAACUCUCAGUGUUUACACAUUAUUACGUGCGUCAAUUAUUUAUUCAGAGUUAAAUUAAAUUACUCUUGGAUGGAAGAAGAAUACACAUAAUUUUAUUUAAAACAAAUAAUCUCUUAUCUAUAACAAAGAAAAAAAUUCCAUAAGCAGUGUUGUAAUUUCGUUGAUCUAAUCUUUAAAGAACAAAAAAAAAUUAUUAAGUUAACGUACUUGUAAUUGAAUAAAAUUACCAGUUUAUAUGUACAACUAUUAAUAAUUAACUUGGUGAUACUGGCAUCUUCAAAAGUGAUACGUGCAUUAAAUAAAUCAUCUAAAUGUUGCAGUGGAUUUAUAUUACACAUUAGCAUGCAGUUCGCGUAUCUUUACACGUGGAACCGAGAAAUAAUUGUGAAUUCACAAAAACUUGUAAAAAGACGUUGAUAAUAUCGAUAUUAUUACGGUUAUUACUAAAUCAAGUUGACAAAUUUUCUCUUACCACUGGUCUAUUAUUAUUAUUGUUAUUGUUAAUAUUAUUAUUGUUAAUCUUGUACAACUUAAUUGUGAUAACUAAACUAUUAUACACUAAAUUACUGAUACUACUGCUGCUAUUGCUACUGCUGUUGCAAAAUAUAAUUUUCGAACCAUACUUAGACAUUUUUUUUAAAAAAACUACGCAAUUAUGAUGGCUGCUAUGUGUUAUAGUGAGCCCUUGCCUGGUUGGUUCGAAGAUAGAGUGGAGUCAUUGUUUGACGAACUUUCAUCAGAAUGUAUUCAAAGCAAAUCAAUUAUUUAUCCCCAGCCCCAAAUACAGUCAACUCCAUCAUUUCUACAAGAAUUUGAGACUGUCUUUGGUGGUGUAGAAUCAUGUCGUCAGAUCUAUCCAUCUGGAAGCUCAGCUUUGACUCCACCGCAGUCACCACCAAUGAUAAAUACUGACCAACUGUCUAUUGAUACUCCACAAAUUUUUGUUGGAUUAGAGCCAACAGCUUUGUCUUCACCCAACAUUGAAUUUGUAUACCCAUCUACUGAUAACAAUUCAAUAAUUACUACAACUGCUGAUCAUAUUAAUCAGCAACCACUUCAACAAUUGCAUAUUAUUCAAGAAGAAUCAAUAAACAAGGAUGGGUCAUCAUAUCUAGGUCAAAUAUCUGGUGAAUGGAAUGCCGAAAAUGUAUCAUUAUCACCACUUGCUGGUGAUGUAGCAAGUGAAUUAGCAGCUGUUGAUGAAUAUGUUAGAUCAUGUGCUGAAUCAAUCUCACCAUCAAGUCCAGUUAAUAGCACUGUCAGCAGUUAUUUGUCCUCUGAGGAUUCAGUUGAUGAUCCUGAUUGGACUAUUGAUUCAUGCACCAGCAGUAGCAAAGCUAGCAGUAGUAACAGUAAUUAUGGUAAACGUAAUCAAAAAGUAACACGUAAUCGCCGUAAGCCCUAUUCACGUCCGAUUGAAGAUAAAAAAGUUCGUAAAAAGGAACAAAAUAAAAACGCAGCUACGCGUUAUCGUAUGAAGAAAAAGCUUGAAGUUAAAGAAAUUGUAGGCGAGCAACAAGAGCUAGAGGAUAUUAAUACUAAACUCAAGGAUCAAGUCAGCGAAUUGAAACGUGAGAUUGGAUACUUGAAAGGGCUUAUGCGUGAUUUAUUUAAGGCUAAGGGUUUAAUCAAUUAAUCCAAUUGUAUAUUAUAUUAUUUUAAUAUUAUAUAUAUAUAUAUUUUAAUUUUUAAUUAUAAGACAAUGUCAACUUUUAUUUAUGUCACUGAAUGUCUUUGAAUUGUAUACAAGGCGAGGCCAUUGCGGUUAACAUCUAGAGUUUGUUUCACUAUUUGAUUUUAUGAAUGAUUCAGUACAUUGAUAAGAUAUUGACAAUAUUAUAUACUAAAUUUAAAAUUCGGUAAUUUAAUAAUUACAUAUAUAUUGUUAAACUCUGAAUGCAUGUAAAAUUAGUAUCAUGAACUUUAUGAAAAGAAAUUAAUUUAAAAAAUUUAUUUUUUCAUUAAAAAUAACUUAAACGUAAUAGGAAUUUAAUAAAUAUAUAAUUCCAGUAUAUUUAAUAAUAGUAAUAGAUAAAAUUUAAUGCAUUCAGAUAUUUAGAAUUUAGAAAAUUAAUAAUUGUAAUCAACUUGCACGCAUUCGUGUUUUCGUCGUACCUUAAGUGAGAAUGUUGAGACUGUCGUCGAGAAUAAAUAAAUUUUAUCUACCAGGAUUUAAUAUUUAAAUUCGAUUAAAUUAAUAGAAAAAAAAAAAAAAAAAAAAAA